CUGGCAGGCCCCGGGCGGCAGCUCCCCGGAGGACCCCCCACCCUGGUCACUCCAGUCCUGCAGGAAGGGAGCCCAGAGAGGGCGGCGGGCCGACCCAGGACCUCCAGCAGGUCAAGGGUGGGAAGGAGACGGAGACUGCCCCCCACUCGCACCUAGGUCCCCGCCCCGCUCGCCACCCCGGCCAGCAUGAGCAGCCCUGAGCCACCGACUGGGACCCCCGGGCCUGACGCCCCCACCUGGCCGACUCAGCCCACCUACAGCAACCUCGGUGAGGUCCGCGCCCAGCUGCUGCCCUCCAAGGCCUGCCGCCCCCGGGCACCUGGGCCCCCCCCGACCGACCCGCAGCCCCUGCCCCCGCCCCUGCCCAAGAAGACGCUGUGCAGGACCCGCUCCCUGCCCACGCACAGGGUCCCCAGCGCCAGCCCUGCCCCGGCUCCGGCUGGGCAGCCUCGGAGGCCUUUCCUGGGGUCCCACAGUGUGGACGAGAGCCAGGCGGCCAGUGACAAAGCUUGGUCAGCCUGUCCCCCUGCAGAGCCGCGCUUUGGCUCCCUGGACACCUCGCUGGGCGCCCCCUGGUACGACCUGCACCGGCCCGAGGCCAUGCGCACCAUGCUGGAGGCGCGGCAGCUGGAGGGGGUCCGCGCGGUGCGGGCUCGGCUCCGGGCCCGGCUGCUGGGGGGCCACCCGGGCCCCUGCCAACCCGGCCACGGCUUCCGGCUCCUGGACCGCUCGCCCUGCGUGGAGAGCGGGGACGCCCUCUACUACCGCAUGGUGCGGGUGGGCGACGAGGCGUGGCACAUGCUGGCCGCCAAGGUGUCCAAGCCCGGAGCGGAGGAGCCCCACCCCUGGGGCCUGCAGCUGCAGGCCUCGCUCGCCCCGCACUUCAACCUGCAGGGCCUGUGCGGCCCGGUGCCCGAGGGCGCGCUGCCCGACGUGCCCUGGAGAGGCCCGGUGGUGCUGGCGGCCGAGGUGCCCGAGCUCACGGUGACGCAAUGGCUGGCGGAGGCGGGCAGGCGGCAGCGGCCCGAGGAGUUCCCCUGGGUGGUGGCCGUGCUGCUGCUGCAGCUGACGUCAGCCCUGGAGCACCUGGAGGCGCGGGGCGCCGCCCUGGCCGAGCUGCGGCCCGAGAACCUGCUGCUGGUGGCGCCCCGGGGCUGUGCGGCCGCCGGGCCCCCGCGCCUGCUGCUGGCCGACUUUGGCCGCGUCCGCCCUCGGCCCCCGGGCCCCCCGGGCGCCCACGCGCUGCAGCUGGGCCGCCUGCUCCGCGCCCUACUCGGCCCCGCGGAGCCCUGCGCCUCCCCCUUGGCUGCGGGCCUGGAGGCUCUGGCGGCGCGGCUGGGCCGCUCCCGGCCCUCGGCCGCCCAGGCGCGGGGUGCGCUGCAGGCGCUGCUCUGGGGGCCCGGGCCCGAGCUGCACCGCCAGGGAGCCCCGCUGGGGCCGUGGCUGCAGGUGCGCCGCGCGCUGCUCGUGCUGCACCUGGCGGAGCGGGCCUCGGCCGGGGAGGCGCCGGGCCUGGAGGACUGGCUGUGCUGUGAGUACCUGGCUGAGGCCACCGAGGCCUCCGUGGGCCGCGCCCUGGCGCUGCUGUGGGACUGACACCCCGACGGACAGGGCCUCCCUGAGCGAGCGGACAGCCUCUUCCAGACGGGGCCGGAAGGAGGGCACCUCCUCUCCAGCGCCCCCACUCCUGCUUCUACACCAGGGACUUAGGCCCAAGGCCUCCCCAGGAGAGCGGGGCCCGGCGUGUCCCGAGGCUUUCCGAUGCCAGGACCUUCCAGCAGGCGUGAGGCUGCGCUGGCCGCGCUGGACUCUGGUGCGCACCGUCCUCCCGAGAAGGUGGACGCGGCCUCCGUGUCUGGCCCCGGAGCACCCCUUGUGCUGAGGGUGCCGGUCAUUCUGAGCGCGUCCUUGUCAGGACCUGCUUGGGGUCCCUGGGGGAGGGGACGCUCCUAGGACCUGAGACGCCCGAGC